CGCCCGCCUGCCACCACCGCAGCCUUGCCAGGUGAGCGCUCAGGUAUGCGGAGGCUGCGGCUGCAGAGGGAGGAGCCAGGAAGGAGGGGCAGGAGGACAGGCACUGAGGCCAGACAGAAGCAGAGCCAGGCCAGCCGGACCCAGGACUUCUGCACCUCACAGGGUGGGCCUGCACCUGAAGGCCUGACGGAGGAGGCUGGGCCAAAAUCGCACCUUCCUACAGCCAGGUGGGCUCACAUCUCUGCUGUGUCCCAAGACUCCAGGUGGACAACAGCUCCCAGGCAGGGCACCAUGAGCACCACGGCCACCCCCACUGUCACUCCCGGCCCAGAAGCUCCCCCAAAGCCAAGUGCCAAGUCUAUCUACGAGCAGAGGAAGCGUUACUCCACCGUGGUGAUGGCUGAUGUGUCGCAGUAUCAGGUCAAUCACCUGGUGACUUUCUGCCUGGGCGAGGAGGAUGGUGUGCACACGGUGGAGGAUGCGUCCAGGAAGCUGGCAGUCAUGGACAGCCAGGGCCGCGUCUGGACCCAGGAGAUGCUGCUGCGUGUGUCCCCUGGCCAUGUCACACUGCUCGACCCGGGCUCCAAGGAGGAGCUGGAGUCGUAUCCCCUCGGCUCUAUAGUGCGCUGCGACGCAGUGACGCCGCCGGGCAGGAGCCGCUCGCUGCUCCUCGUAGUGUGUCAGGAGCCCGAGCGCGCGCAGCCGGACGUGCACUUCUUCCAGGGCCUACGUCUUGGGGCGGAGCUGAUCCGAGAGGACAUCCAGGGGGCUCUGCACAGUUACCGCUCCGGACGCGGAGAGCGCAGGGCAGCGGCGCUCCGGGCCGCUGAGGAGGAGCUGCAGCGCGGGCCCACCGUCCAGACCCCGCCCCUGCAGCGCCGCCCCUCGGUCCGUGCGGUGAUCAGCUCGGUCUCUCCGGCCGUGGGCCGAGGGGCGCCACCGGUGCAGCCUAUCCCCGAGGCGGAGGAGGGGGUGCCCGGCCCAGCGAACAGCGCAUACCCCGAGAGUCCGGAUCUGGGCCCAAGAGGCCCGGAGCUGGCGGGUCUGCAGGCAGAGCGGGAAGUGGACAUCCUGAACCACGUGUUUGAGGAUGUGGAGACCUUCGUGUCCAGACUGCAGAAAUCUGCAGAGGCCACCCGCGUGUUGGAGCACCGGGAGCGCAGCCGCAGGACCCGGCGGCGGGAAGCUGGGGAAGGCCUGCUGACGCUGCGGGCCAAGCCACCCUCUGAGGCCGAGUACACGGAUGUGCUUCAGAAAAUCAAGUAUGCCUUCAGUCUGCUGGCCCGGCUGCGUGGCAACAUCGCCAACCCCUCUUCUCCGGAGCUGCUGCACUUUCUGUUAGGGCCGCUGCAGAUGAUUGUGAACACCUCCGGCGGCCCCGAGUUCGCCAGCGGCGUGCGGCGGCCACACCUGACGUCAGAGGCAGUGGCGCUGCUGCGCGACAACGUCACCCCCAGGGAAAACGAGCUGUGGACCUCCCUCGGAGACUCCUGGACCCGCCCGGGGCUGGAGCUGCCCCCAGAGGAGGGACCCGCUUACAGCCCCAAGUUUUACAGUGGCUGGGAGCCACCAGCCACCGACCCCCAGGGCCGCCAUUGGGAGGACCCCGUGGAGAAACAGCUCCAACAUGAGCGGCAGCGACAGCAGCCAUCUCCCUCCCCACAGCAAAGCGUGCCCCAGGUCGCUGUCAAUGGUCACCAAGAGCCAGAACGGGAGCCAGAGCCGGAGCCAGCAGGAAAGUGGGUGCUCUGUAAUUACGACUUCCAGGCCCGCAACAGUAGUGAACUGUCAGUCAAGCAGCGAGCUGUGCUGGAGGUCCUGGAUGACAGGCGCAAGUGGUGGAAGGUUAGGGACCAACAGGGCCAGGAGGGAUAUGUACCCUAUAAUAUCCUGACACCCCACUACGGACCGCGAGCUGACCGCAGCCAGAGCCCUGCGCGAAGCCUGGAGCACAUCCCUCCUCCUCCUAACCCUCCGGCCCUGGCACCUGCCCCGGCUCCGGCCCGGCCCCACUGGGACAGCUGCGACUGCCUCAACAACCUGGACCCCAACGAAAAGGAGAAAUUUUCCCAGAUGCUGAGUGUGAACGAGGAAUUGCAGGCGCGCCUGGCGCAGGGCCGCUCGGUUCCCAGUCGCACAGCCCCGGGACCCCGCGCCCCGGAGCCGCAGCUUAGCCGGCGCUCUGAUGCCACAGAAGUUCGCGUGUGGCUGCAGGCCAAGGGGUUUAAUGCUGCGACUGUGGACGCACUGGGCGUGCUGACCGGAGCCCAGCUCCUCUCGCUGCAGAAGGAGGAGCUGCGGGCGGUGAGCCCCCAGGAGGGCGCGCGCGUGCACAGCCAGCUCACCGUGCAGCGCGCGCUGCUGGAGGACAAAGAGAAAGUGUCCGAGCUGCAGGCGGUGAUGGAGAAGCAGAAGAAGAAAAUAGAAAGUGAGAUGAAAGCGGAGGUCAUCUGACCCUUCCCGGCCCCUUGACCAAACGUGACUACCACAGCGGGGUCCUCCGUCCCGCGGGACCACAGACUUCUGGAAGACUGCCCAGCAGGCCCGGCCAGCGCAGACGCGCUUCCAGCUGGUGUCCUCCUCCUUGCGAGUAGUAGCGGGUGGCCAACUGGGGCUCGAGACUCAAAGCGCACCGUCAAGCACUCGCAGGGCCCUCGGCGCAUGCACCCCGGGACCCUUGUCCUUUGUGACGUGUGCUCCCCAGCCUAUAAACAAGCCUCCUUUCAGCUGGCCGUGUCAACGCUGUCCCCUCUGCCUACUGCCAGGGAGCCAGGAAGCUGCCUCUGACCCUUCCUGAGAUUUGCCCCUGAGCCCUCUGCAUCCCGGUGAUCCCACUGUCUGUCCUUCAGCUGGCCUGCCUUCUGAACGCCCGACCCUGAGACUCCUUCCGUGGCUGCCCACUACCCUCCCGGCCCCAUCUGCUGGCUUUUAAGCCCUGAAAUUUUCCCUCCAGCCUCACCUGACACCUCAUUCUCGCAAAUACUGGCCUCUUCAAAA